AUGGGCCAGUUACCACCUGCAAGAGUGAAUCCAAAUCGCGCUUUCUUCAACAGUGGAGUUUCGGGACCUGUGCAAUUGCGAACGUCAAAGGGCCGUGGUUACAAAUCAACAAAGGGCUAUAUCUGUGUCUUCGUUUGCAUGUCUACGCGAGCUAUACAUCUCGAAGCUGUUACGGAUUUAACAUCACAAGCCUUUAUUUCCGCAUUUAGGAGAAUCGUUGCAAGAAGAGGUCACUGCGGGAACUUGUGGAGUGACAACGGCACCAACUUUGUGGGAGCCGCAAAGGAAUUAAAGUGUAUGUUUGAACAGGGCAAGGCUAAUCUGGCGAGGGAGGUAGCUGAGCUCCUAUCAAAUGAUGGCACAACAUGGCACUUCAUUCCGCCGAAGGCACCCAAUUUUGGUGGGCUAUGGGAGGCAGGCGUUCGGUCGGUUAAGAAACAUUUAUCGAGAAUAAACGGAACUACAAAGCUAACCUAUGAGGAAAUGGCAACACUAUUGGCGCAGAUAGAAGCCUGUCUAAAUUCGAGACCUAUUUGUCACUCCGAUAACACCAGUGAAACACUGGAUCCACUCACCCCAGGUCAUUUUCUCAUUGGUGAGCCAAUAAUUAAUAUACCCGACAUAAAUUAUGAACACAAAAACGUAGGUAUGUUAUCUAGAUGGCAAUUUUUACAAAACAGGAUGCAAGAUUUUUGGCGGAGAUGGAAAUCUGAAUAUCUCCACUCAUUACAGCAACGGCAUAAAUGGCAAGACACAGUGCCGUCUCAAUGUGUUGGAGAUAUUGUAAUCAUUAAGAAAGAUGAUCUCCCACCAGCGAAAUGGCUAUUAGGAAAAAUUAUAACACUACACCCCGGUGCUGAUCAACUCGUCCGCGUGGCAACAGUGCAAUGCAAGGGAAAUAACAUUCUUAAGAGACCAUUGUCAAAGUUAAUAUUACUUCCAAUGAAACCGAAUGAUGAAGAACAAUGUCACUGCUAG